ACAUUCUUUCUCCAGGUUAAUUUGAGGGCAAUUGCAGAUCGAGGCUACGAACAGUAUCUCAGAUCCAGACCAACCGCUUCUUCAGACAGCAAUCGACGGAUAAAGGAACUGCCUUUAUCCAACUGCUCUGUUCAUUCUGUAUUCAAAAAAAACAAUUCUGGAUUAGAAGACGACAGAGAGAAUCUUUUGGACAGGAUGAAGAACUACAGGCCUCAGGGGACAAUCUUCGAAAUAUGCGGCAAAAACAAAUCUCAGGAGUAUCAAACGAUGAAACAGAAGAGGGCCUUUCACAAAGACAAAAUCAGCGCCCACCAUCAGCUGGUUCAGCAAAAAAUAGCCGAAACGGAGUCGUUGGCGAAAUCGGAUUCGCACACUUUGCAAAAUAGUAACUCUGAGGAUAUUGAAGGAACCUUUUCGAAGGUCGUCUUACCAAAGAAGCGAAAAAUGGAAGUGCUGUACAAGAAGAAUAAAAAACAAAAAACCGUGGACGAGAAUUACAUUCCUUACGCUCCUGUGGAUCAACAUACCGAGCAAGGAUUAUCCGUGAAUAAUUUCCAGAAAGAGGCGACUCGGGCUCAGCUCGAUUUAGUGGGAGACUCUGAGGAGAUUCUGAGGAUGAACAAGCAGCAGAAAGUUUGGGACAGAAAGAAAAAGAAAAUGGUUGCUUUACCGUUUAGUUCUGCUAAAUUUCCUGAAAUGUGUAUUAAUAACUCAAUGUUCACAGAAUUGCAUAGGAGAGCGAACACACAUUGGGCUAGGCAUAAUGAAAAAAUCAAGAUUAAGCAAAGGAAGUCGGAACUGAAGAAUUCCGAUCAGAUCGUCAAGGCGCAGAUGCUUUCGGAAAAGAAGAAACAGAGACAGAAAAAGAAGGGCAAAGGAAAAAGGAAAAGUAGGCCAAAGAAGUAAAUCAGAAGAGAAUAUGUAGAUUGUUUAUAAGUCAAUAUAAAGAAAUGUUUAUUUUUC